AGUGAAUGAAUACAUAAAUUUACAAGAAACAGUUUCCUCUCCUUUCCUACACACAAAACACAGAACACAGAACACAUGCUCUCUCAUCUCUUCUCCAACACAUCAUCGUCUUCCUCUUCCUCUUCCUUCUUCAGAGGGUUUAAUUCAAUCUCUGCAAUUCCACCUUAUUAAUGGUGUUUCAUUUAAUCACACAACAACGACAAAAUUCCAACUCACAGUCUAAACAGAACGAAUCUUUAAAAUUUACAGACAAAACCAGCAGCAUUAUGGCAUCAUCUUUGAAAUCUCACCACCAACCACUUCAUAACUUCUCAUUACCCGACCUCAAAUGGUCCAUCAAUCAAACCACCGGAGCCGCCACUAACCACCACCCGCAUCGUUUACGUAAAUCCCCUCACGGUGAAACCGCCGUGAAAACGGACAAUUCUGAUCAGAAAUCAAAGAUUUUCAUUCGAAUCAAGACUAAGAAUACUUCCAGUGUCAACUGCGUUGAUAAUGAUGACGUGGACGAUGAUGAUCAUCGUCAUAACGAUGGUGGUGGUGAUACAGAGGAUCAAACCUCAUCUCCUGCGGCUGUUGGUGUGGAAGAGGUCGAGGAAACGUUGACUAAGACAUGGAAUUUGAGACCCAGAAAACCGAUGACUUAUAAUCCUCCGUUAGGUUUAUUAAAGGCUGGUUCACAGGAGAUUAAAACUCAAGAACCUGGUCGAGCUGAGUUGACUCGGUCGCUACGGAAUGGUAAUAGUGAAAGUAGGGCGGCGGCGACAGCGACGGCGAUGGCGGCGGGUGAUAAGAAAGAUAAGGAGAAGAAGAAGGUUAAAUUUUCGAUUCCUCUUACUAAAGAGGAGAUUGAAGAGGAUGUUUAUGCUUUGACGGGAUUAAAGCCGGCUAGAAGGCCGAAAAAGAGGGCUAAACAUGUUCAGAAACAAUUGGAUUGUUUGUUUCCUGGAUUAUGGUUGGCUUCUGUUACUCCUGAAGAUUAUAGAGUUCCUGAUGCUCCUCCAAAGGGUUAGAUGAUUUGUUCAUAUAAACUGGAAGCUUGGAGGUGAAUGACUGCAUAGGGUUUGAAAACAUUAGCCGAAAGUGUGAUAACAUUGUGAUUCUUGUUAAAAUGACAAGAUUAACAAAUGUAUCUUGUUUCUGUGCUUUUUCUAUAGACAGCAAGGAAAUCAAUGCAUUGGUGGGGUGGAUGGAUUUUAUGUUAUGCUCCAUGUUUUGGAGUAUCUGCCUUUGUACAUAAGAAGAAAUGUCAGUCCAAUGGGUAGAGAUUUUUAGUAACAAUCAUUAUAUUUUCAAUUUUUAUUAAAUCAGAUGGCUUUUUAGAGCUUUUCUUCGUUA